AUGAAGCUGACGGUAAAGAAAUGGCGUCUGCCCAAACAGAAAUCUUCGUGUGCGCCAGAUGGCAUCAACACAAACGUCGACAGCGAUGUCACUCCGCUAGAAAGACGUACGUGGAACGUGUACAUGAUUAUCGGCUUCUGGGCCUCGGAUUACUUAUCUAUGCAAACCGUUGAGAAUCCGUCCAACUCGUUGCUCAUGGGAAUGACUUGGAAAACAGGUCUGAGCACGUCCAUGGUCGGCAUGGUGCUUAUCGGAUUGCCACUGAUUUUUAAUGGCGCUAUUGGGGCCGCUCUCCACGUUCCUUUCCCCGUUGCCGUGCGCUCCUCCUUCGGCUAUCAUUUUUCAAAAUUCGCAGUUGUCACCCGGUGCAUCACGGCGAUUUUCUGGCAUUCAACCCAGACUUUCUCUGGCUCGUUGGCAAUGACCGCCUGUAUCACGGCAAUAUGGCCAUCUUUUGCCCGGAUCCCCAAUAAAAUCCCAGCUUCCAUGGGCAUCACCUCGCCACAGAUGAUUGGCCAUUUUGUUUUUUGGUCAGUGCAAUUCCCAUUCCUACUUAUCCCCCCUCAUAAACUCAGAUGGUUCUUUAUCCUGAAAACCAUCAUAGCCGCCGCCUGUCUAGUCGGGACUGCCGCAGGAAUGGCCAAAAUGGCCGGCAACUCAGGAGACAUUUGGAACCAGGAAUAUACAGUUCACGGAGCAGAACGCUCGUGGCUGUACGUGAAACUGCUCAACUCUAAUGUCGCCGGCUGGGCCACCAUGGCUACCAACAUAGCCGACUUCACCAGGUACAUGAACGACCGUUCCAAGGCACAGUAUGCGCAGGUCGUGGUGCUGCCCGCCUGGGCCACGUUUGUGACCAUGAUGUCUCUGGUGGCCUCUUCCGCCGGUAAAAUGGUGUACGGGUCCUACAUCUGGUCUCCAACAGAGUUCGCCGAGCACUGGACGGCUGCGGGCUCCAAAGGCCGUGCUGCUUCAUUCUUUGUGUGCGCUGCCUGGUGUAUUUCACAAAUUGGCACAAAUCUUUCCGCCAACGUCAUAACUGGAGCCAACGACCUUGUCUCGCUGUUUCCGGAGUACAUUAAUAUCCGUCGGGGAGCAGUGAUUAUCACAAUCAUUUCCGGCUGGGUUCUGCAGGCAUGGAAAAUAGAAAAUUCGGCAGCUCAGCUGGUGACUUUUAUUUCCGGUCUUUCCAGCUUUUUGGCUCCCAUUACUGGCAUAAUUAUUGCCGAUUACUGGGUCAUAAAAAAGCAGCACCUGGACGUCCCUGCCUUGUAUGAUCCAAACGGUAGGUACAGUUACUACAAGGGAUUCAACUGGCGUGCUGCGCUCGCGUUUCUGACUGGCAAUGUGCCGUGUCUUCCAGGCCUGGCAUCGGAGGUCGGGAACGUUUCUUUAAAUGCUGGUAUCUUGGAGUUAUGGUACAUGUCUUACUUCUAUGGGUUCCUCUCAUCGUUCACAGUGUACAUUGUCGCAAACUACUUUUGGCCGGAUAAACGGUCGCAAGUUAGCGAAACAAUACACUAUAUCUUCGAAGACGAGGAGGUCGAAGAGGUAGACAUUGUCAUUGAGCCGAAAUUAAAAAGCUAG